AUGGAUGCUGUUGUACUGUGGCGUGUGGUGGACAGACUGGAGUCAACAAACAAACUUUAUCAACACAAACACAAGUUUACAAGGCUUCGUUGGGGCGACGGGAUUAAGUUGGGCGAUUGCAGCGACAGCCGCUGCGGACGAAGUGUGCUAAUAACGGGAUUACAGCACCACACUGCUGCACUGGAUCUCUGGACGCCAAACCACGGAACACGCUGA